AAAUAUGGAAACUAUGUUAUAGACAAUUUUUUGUUACACAUAUGAUGAUAUGAAUAAUGUGAUAGACAUGCUCGGAGAAGAAGACAACAUAAAUAAAACAAAAACCCCAAAUUCAUUUUCAGCUCGCUCACUCACUCACUCGUCAUCUUCUUCACUGAAUUCUAACCCCGGAGUGAGUAGCAGAAAAGCAUGUCCACUCAAUCGCCACCGCUUCCUCCUCCCACCACCGCCACCGACGAAAACCAAGGUGCUGAAAUUGUGCAACCAACAAAUUUGGGUCAGCAAAAUGCUACAGAAGAGCCUGUUAAACAGAGUUCAACUACCUCAGUCUUUGUGAACACAGAGCCAUUGCGGGAAGAUCAAAUUCAGAAUGCUGUGAAAUUUCUAUCGCACCCAAAAGUUAAAGGUUCACCUGUUAUCUACAGGCGGUCAUUUCUGGAGAAGAAAGGCCUUACGAAAGAAGAGAUUGAUGAAGCCUUUCGGCGUGUGCCAGAUGAUGCUCCAACUGUGCAGACAUCUGGUGUAAAUCAAGAUGGACAAUUGAAACCAUCGUCGAACACUCAUCAGUCAGCCCAAAUACAAACUUUGCAGCCGGGUUUACCUGCUUCUACUGGUGUCAAUAGUUCAUCAGGAACCUUAUCACGCUCUAGAUUUCACUGGUCCCAUGCCCUCAUUGCUGUUGGAUUACUGGCUGCUUCAGGUGCUGGAACAGCUUUAAUAGUUAAGAAUUCGAUUCUUCCUCGGUUAAAAUCUUGGAUAAGAAAGGUUGCCCUAGAUGAUGAUGAUGAUGAUGAACAGUUAAAGAAAACUAACAAAAAACCAACUUUGGCGGAAGAAGCUGCACAAGCUGCAAAAUCAGCUGCUGCUGCAGCUGCAGAUGUAGCAAGAGCAAGCCAAGAAAUGCUGGCUUCAAAAAGUGAAGAGAGGAAACACUUUGUCGAAGUUGUGAGCCUUUUAGACAAGCAAAUACAAGAAAUGAAGUUAAUGACGAAAGCAAUAAGUAGAUUGGAAGGGCAAGAAGAUCUCCGAGUCAGUCAAACAAGUUCGAAGCAACUGAUUGGGAAUGGCAAGGCGGACUAUGACUUGCGUUCAGGGAGAUCUUUAUCCCCACCUGCAUCUGUUGAAACAUCGAGUGCUCUUCAUCCGAAGUCAUAUGCUGAGAUAAUGGCCAUGGUCCAAAGAGGAGAGAAGCCUGCUAAUAUUAGAGAUAUCAAUGAUUUACCUCCCAACCCUAGUCAAGAACCAUCAAAUCCUCUCUUAAUGCCUAGAUCCAAGCCUUGGGAGGUUGGUCAGGUGCAAAACACAUCUACCCAAGUGCUUCAGCCUCAACAAAAUGGUGAAGACUUGAAUAAUAUCAAGGUCCAAGAAGCCACUCAAUCAAAUGGGGUUGACCCUGUUCCCUGGUGGCAGAAGAAAAAUGUUAGAAUCAGAGAGAUUGAAGAAAAUGAGUAUAAUGUAGCACCUUUUGGUGCUGCAUCCACUCAACAGCCACCACAACGUGUGUGGGUUCCUCCUCAACCUCCACCCAUAGCUAUGGCGGAGGCUGCAGAAGCAAUCAGACGCCCGAAGUCGGCGGUCCAAAAGGAACAGGCGUCAGAUAAUCAGUCCGCAGCUGAUUCUUCAGAAAACUCUGAUGAGGUGCGUGCGGUCACAAAACUACCGGAAUCUGAAGGUGCUGUAGAGGGCAACAACACCAGCUCACUUAUUGGCUCAGGGGAGAUACAAGAAGACAAUCAAGUUACACAAGAAGAGAAAUGAAUAUGAACAUCCACCAGCUCAUUUAGUCCUGAAUUCUUGGUAAACUUGACGCCAUCUGUUUCAUAAUAGUGCGUUUUCUGCACUUAAAACUGGAACUGUCUAGAAGAAAGCACUUAGUUAAGGUUUUAUGAUAUUUUUUUAAUGUUAUGAGGCCUAGCAGCAUAGAUUUAUUUAUAUUUUAUAUCAAAAUAUGAUCCUCUCCUGUUUGUAAAUAAUAAUAAUAGGAUGUGGGUUUAUUAGAUGGAGGAAUAUAUAUUGUUUAACUUGUCAUAUUUGAUUGUGGAAUGUGGGAUCUAAUUAUCUAUUUUCAAAAAAGUUGUGUUUUCUUAUCUAA